UUCAAUGGCACCUCAUCCUUCUGCAAACCAACUUCUCCUUCUUUUGUGUUGCAGACAAUCGCAAUAAUAGCCCAAAAGGGCUGGGCUAAUUGACCUCACUCAGCUAUGGCAGAGGGUUUCGCGUUUGCGGCCAGCGUCGUGGCUUUUAUUCAGCUGGCUGAUCGUGUCGGUCAGCUCUCCAAGACCUUUAUCGACGCCAUGAAAGGGGAGCCUGGGCCCUUGAAAGCGGUACAGGCCGAGAUGUCUGCAAUGACAACACUUCUCAACGAGCUGCAUAAUCAGUACGACGCUUCCGACCCUCGUAUCUCUGUGGCGAUCGAAAAGGCUACGGACCAACCCAUCAAGACUUGCCACGAUUCGGUCCAGAUGCUGGAAAUGGAGCUCUCCAAGCUUUCAAUUUCUCCCGCUCAUACGAACACGAGGCCGUCAAAACGCCAAAGGAUCAAGCAAUCCGUGAAAUGGGCCACGGGCGGAGAGACGAGGGUCAACAAGAUUAUCGAUGACCUGGCCGCUCAGAAGGCCACCCUAUCUUUGGCCUUGCAGAGUAGUCUCUCACGAGACGUCAGUGAGGUGAAGGACUUUUUGACGGACUCACAACGGCACGACAUAGUCAACUGGUUACAACGUACCAACCCUUGCGAUAUACACAAUCGCUCCGUCAACCUCUACGAACCACACACAGGUAACUGGGUGUUCCGGAGCACCGAGUGGAGCGAUUUCAUCUGUGGCCAUUCCCGCUCCUUGUGGAUUCACGGCAUCCCUGGAGCAGGGAAGACGAUUUUGUGCUCAAACAUCGUCGAGCAUCUACGACAGCUACAGGAUCGGCGGACCGGCUGGGUGUACUACUACUGCUACUUUGGUCGGAACCAGGACGAUACGGAGCCGCUGCUGAGAUGGAUCAUUGUCCAACUGUGUCAACAAGCCCGGUAUGUGCCUAAGAAGCUCUCGGCCGCCUACCAGAGCGGGCAUCAACUCGGUAUCGACGAUCUGCUGUCUAUCUUGGAAGCAGUCCUUGAAGCAUUCGAUACUGCCUUCGUUACGAUAGACGCUUUGGACGAGAGCAUGCCGUACACCAAUCUCCUGGCCUGCCUUAACGUCAUUAUGACCGAACCCCGGUUCGAAAAGCUGCGACUGUUGAUGACUAGUCGGCAAUACCUCGAUAUCGAGCAAAGCAUCAAACCCCACGCCGUCUCGUUCCCGAUGCUGAACCGUUACGUUGAGGAGGACCUGCGGAUAUACAUCACAUCACAACUACAAUCCCAUUCCAAGUUCCGCGCAUGGCCUGCAGCCCUCAUCGAGGAGGUCAAUACCGCGCUAGUCCGAGGGGCUAAGGGGAUGUUCCGGUGGGCUGUCUGCCAAGUCGACAUCCUCGGAAGACUCAAGUCCCAGUCCGACGUCCGAAAGGCGUUGACAGAGCUACCCGAAACACUGGAUGAAACUUAUGAGAGAAUCCUGCUGGCGAUCCCGCGCGAAUACCGUGAUUUUGCCCGGACGGCGCUGGCGAUUCUUGCUGCCCAAAGCGAGCUUGGAAACAGGACCAUGACCGCAGAGGUCCUCCUGGCCAUGGUCCUACGUUCCCUGGACGUAGGCACUGACCACCUUUACGAUAUAUACGAUAUACGGGAAUUCUGCGGCUGCCUCGUCACCUUCGUGCCGGCCAUAAUUCCUUCAUUUCAGCCCAACCCCGCCUACUUUGCCUCGUUUAACCCGUAUGGACCCAACCGCCAACCCCUUUAUGUAGGCAAUGGAACUGAGAGCGCAACCCACGUCGUGAUGGCGCACUACACGGUGAAGGAGUUUUUGUACGCCGAGCGGACGGCCCAGAAAUCCGAGAAUCAUGUGGCGUCUUUUGCGCUGCAGGAGGAGGUUGUCAUCCGCCGGUGGGCAGACCUCGUGAUGGAGGUUGCGCUUUCUGCUCGGCCAUCCGACCGGCCAAUCAGUGAUAAUUCGAUGGAGGACUACUGCGUCGCGGCCGGGCACACUGUCAUUAAGACCUGGGAAGACUUUAUCACCAACAACGGCAAGCUUGUUAGCCAUUCCUUGGACUUCCUCAAUGCGGCCGCACCACAUCGCUCGCGAGUAUCGCCAGGGGGUAUUCUUAAAAUCAAAUGGUACUCUCCACCAUCCAACCCCCGGAUCGCCACGCUAGCCGAGUGCUGUGCCCAAGGACUGUGGCUCCUUGCUGGUGCCGCAUUGAAAGACCUCACCGCCCAACAAAUCAUCGAAACCUCGGUUGUGAUCGGCCACGACAAGAAGCGGUCACACCCAACACGGCCCAAGAUGGUUGGCAUGUCUGUGCCGUUAUUGUUCGCCAGCCUGGCGCUAGAGUCUUACCUGCACCGGGAUGACAGGCACGACGGCCGACCGCAGGAAGUUGCCACACUCCUCUCAACCGUGGUCGGUUGGGAAAGCCUACUACUCGCUGCCACGGUCGAGCACAACCACGCCAGCCCCUCAGGCUCUUUCCUGGAAUGGCUCAUUCUCCAAGGGCCGGACCUCGACGCCUGCCCUUGCCGCCUAACAGCGCUCCAGGCCGCCGUCCAGCUGCGGGACUACGAGGCCGUCAAGCUGCUACUUGACAGCGGUGCCGACGCCAACACUGUCGGCGCCGCGAGCGGGUACAGCAUGGCCGGCACCGGGCUGGAUGAGAGCGUGGCUUGUGACAGCCCGGUUCGGAUUCUCAAGACGGGUCCCUGUGCCUUUCGUGCCGAGGUUGCCCAACGGGUAGGUCGCGAAUCUAGAAGGGGCGGCACGACGAGGGGAAAGCUUGAGGCGCUUCUCCUUGAUGCUGGAGCGAGGGAUUUUACUACGAUGGAAGUCGGCUGAUCCUGGAAAAGGGGAUGGAUAUGCCUGGAGAGCUUGAGCCCUGCUACUUCAUAACUAAUCACACUCAAUUGACUCGUCUUUGACUUCCUGGGUUCAGGAGACAU